AGACGCGUGAACAAACAGAAGUAGAGCCAUAAAGUGUACACUUGACACUAUCGCAAAGCUUUUCGAGACUUGUCACUUUUGCCACGUGGUUUCAUCUUGUACUGCCAUCAGAGAGAGACGCCGACAAAUUAUAACGCGCGCGUGUCUGCUGGCAUGAGCUAACCUACCAGACAUGGAAACCAAACCUUUCUUGUCAUUGGGGUUCCUGAAGCCCCAGUGCUCGAUACCGCCGCCCCCUCAGAGAGGACGAGCAGAUGCGUGUACAUGUUUCACCGGCAUGUGCCCUCUCCAUCAGCGCAGACUUUCUACAGAUUCAUGUGGACAGGUGACAUCCUCACCCCUCAGCUCACCUACAUCCCAUCGGGGUAUGCAUCCAUCCCUACUGAGCCCAACUUUAGGCCACUCGGGUUCUCUGCACUCCCCCAUCAGCACUCUGAGCUCGCCCAUGAAUGGCCUGGGCUCACCCUUCUCCGUCAUCAGCUCGCCCAUGGGGCCACAUUCCAUGGCAUCACCGGGGAUGGGCUACGGCCCCAGUGUCAGCCCACAGCUGAACUCGCCCAUGAACUCUGUCAGUAGUUCAGAAGACAUCAAGCCGCCACUGGGCAUUAACGGUGUGAUGAAGGUGCCAGCUCAGCCCUCAUGCACCCCCCUCUCCCUUACCAAACACAUCUGUGCCAUCUGCGGUGACCGCUCCUCAGGUAAACACUAUGGUGUAUACAGCUGUGAGGGAUGCAAGGGUUUCUUUAAGAGGACUGUGCGUAAGGACCUGACCUACACCUGCCGAGACAACAAGGACUGUAUUAUAGACAAACGCCAGCGCAACCGCUGCCAGUACUGCCGCUAUCAGAAGUGUUUGGCCAUGGGCAUGAAGAGAGAAGUAUUGUUACAUACAGCCGUCCAGGAGGAGCGCCAGCGAGCUAAGGAACGCAAUGAGAAUGAGGUGGAAUCGACCAGCAGUGCGAAUGAGGACAUGCCAGUGGAGAAGAUCCUGGAUGCAGAGCUCGCCGUGGAGCCCAAGACAGAGACGUACAUCGAGACCAACCUGGCCAUGCCCUCAAAUUCACCCAAUGAUCCAGUCACAAACAUCUGUCAGGCUGCAGACAAACAGCUCUUCACUCUGGUGGAAUGGGCCAAGAGGAUCCCACAUUUCUCAGAGCUGCCUCUGGAUGACCAGGUCAUUCUUCUUCGAGCAGGGUGGAAUGAGCUCCUCAUUGCAUCAUUUUCACACCGUUCCAUAGCAGUGAAGGAUGGAAUAUUGUUGGCCACAGGAUUACACGUGCACCGGAACAGCGCCCACAGUGCGGGAGUAGGAGCCAUAUUUGACAGGGUACUGACAGAGUUGGUGUCAAAGAUGAGAGACAUGCAGAUGGAUAAAACAGAGCUAGGCUGCCUUCGAGCCAUCGUCCUGUUUAACCCAGACUCCAAAGGCCUGUCGAACCCUGGUGAGGUUGAAGCACUAAGAGAGAAGGUCUAUGCCUCAUUGGAAGCGUAUUGCAAACAAAAGUACCCUGAACAACCUGGAAGGUUUGCUAAGCUCUUGCUACGACUCCCUGCCCUGCGCUCCAUUGGACUGAAGUGUCUAGAGCACCUGUUCUUCUUCAAACUCAUAGGGGACACGCCCAUCGACACCUUCCUCAUGGAGAUGCUGGAGGCGCCCCACCAAAUGACAUAACGCCCUCUUGUCGCCGGGGUAACAAGGGGCUGCCACCCUUCUCACCCCCAAACAGAAACUAAUCACAUGACACCAUUUGCCACAGCGGAGAACCUUCAAAAGUGACUUUGAGUGCCUCCGCUCGACUCAGUGUUUCAAAUAAACAGUCAUGGCAUCGAUGGGUCUGUUUUAUACCUUGUAUAAAGAUAUAAAUAUACAGUAUAUAUAACACAUACAAAGAAAAAAAAAAAGAAAAUGGACUUCAAG